UGAGUGAGCUCAGAGCCUCAGAGCCUCGACAGAAGGAUUUCAAGUCUAGGGUUGCAGGAUGGCUGGUGGGGCAGCUGGGAACCCUUACUGCCAGAGCUGGAGAGCUUAGCUGGUGCUCUCUCCCCUUCGGACACCUGCCCUCCUGCUGCGCGCUGGGCACCAUGGACUCCCCAGGGUACAACUGCUUCGUGGACAAAGACAAGAUGGACGCCGCAAUCCAGGACCUGGGCCCAAAGGAGCUGAGCUGCACUGAGCUGCAGGAGCUGAAGCAGCUGGCCCGCCAGGGCUACUGGGCACGGAGCUACGCCCUGCGGGGCAAGGUGUACCAGCGCCUGAUCCGGGACAUCCCCUGCCGCACCGUCACGCCCGAUGCCAGCGUGUACAGCGACAUCGUGGGCAAGAUCGUGGGCAAGCACAGCAGCAGCUCGCUGCCCUUGCCCGAGUUCGUGGACAACACGCAGGUGCCCAGCUACUGCCUGAAUGCACGCGGCGAGGGGGCCGUGCGCAAGAUCCUGCUGUGCAUCGCCAACCAGUUCCCCGACGUGUCCUUCUGCCCCGCGCUGCCCGCUGUGGUGGCCCUGCUGCUGCACUACAGCAUCGACGAGGCCGAGUGCUUCGAGAAGGCCUGCCGCAUCCUGGCCUGCAACGACCCAGCCAGGAAGCUGAUCGACCAGAGCUUCCUGGCCUUCGAGUCUUCCUGCAUGACCUUCGGGGAUCUGGUGAACAAAUACUGCCAGGCCGCCCACAAGCUGAUGGUGGCCGUGUCGGAGGACGUGCUGCAGGUCUACGCGGACUGGCAGCGCUGGCUGGCUGGGGAGCUGCCCCUCCACUACUUCGCCCGCGUCUUCGACGUCUUCCUGGUGGAGGGGUACAAGGUGCUGUACCGUGUCGCCCUGGCCAUCCUCAAGUUCUUCCACAAGGCGAGAGCAGGGCAGCCCCUCGAGUCGGACAGCGUGAAGCAGGACAUCCGUGCGUUCGUCAAGGACAUCGCCAAGACCGUGUCCCCCGAGAAGCUGCUGGAGAAGGCCUUUGCCAUCCGCCUCUUCUCCCGCCGAGAGAUCCAGCUGCUUCAGAUGGCCAACGAGAAGGCGCUCAAGCACAAGGGCAUCACUGUGAAGCAGAAGAGUGUCUCACUUUCUAAAAGGCAGUUUGUACACCUGGCCGUGCACGCGGAGAACUUCCACUCGGAGAUCGUCAGUGUGAAGGAGAUGAGGGACAUCUGGUCCUGGGUCCCCGAGCGCUUCGCCCUGUGCCAGCCCCUGCUGCUCUUCUCCUCGCUGCAACACGGGUACAGCCUGGCCAGGUUCUACUUCCAGUGCGAGGGGCACGAGCCCACCCUCCUGCUCAUCAAGACCACGCAGAAAGAGGUGUGUGGAGCUUACCUGUCAACAGACUGGAGUGAGAGGAACAAGUUUGGAGGCAAACUGGGCUUCUUCGGGACCGGAGAGUGCUUUGUGUUUCGGGUGAGCUGCCCCCCGGUGCAGCGCUACGAAUGGGUGGUCAUCAAGCACCCGGAACUGACCAGGCCGGCCUCCACCCUGUCGUCGGAGACCAGCAGCACCGCGUCUGCGCUCAGCCACUCCUCCUCCUCAGAACCCGCCGACCGCCUCUCUCCGUUCCUGGCUGCCCGGCAUUUCAACCUGCCCUCCAAGACCGAGUCCAUGUUCAUGGCGGGGGGCCAUGACUGCCUCAUCGUGGGGGGAGGAGGUGGCCAGGCCCUCUACAUUGAUGGUGACCUGAACCGCGGCCGCACCAGCCACUGCGACACUUUCAACAAUCAGCCCCUCUGCUCCGAAAACUUCCUCAUUGCAGCCAUCGAGGCGUGGGGCUUCCAAGACCCGGACAUCCAGUGACGGGCCUGCACCAGAGCCGCUUUGUUGGGUCUCACUGAAGAAGUGGCAGCGGAGGGGCAAACCAGCCAGCUCCACCAUGGGGUGCCAGAGAAGCCUGACGGGGGCAUCCCCAGCCCCGUGGCUACCCUGAGCCUCCUGCAGCCUCUGCUUCCACCCGUCCUCCCACCCGAUCGUCACUGCAGAGCUCGGGGGCCCAGGUCAGAUCCGACGCCUGGCCCCAGCCCAGCCCUCCUGGUCUCCACAUGAGCCCGUGAGCACCAGCACAACGCACGCCCGAUCCCUGCGGGGUGCAGGUUCCCCUCUGUGUCCCUCUCCUGGGGCCGUGGCUGGCCACGUCCUGGGCUUUCGUGUGCUGCUGCCUCUCCUGAUGGGGCUCUGGGCCCCUGCCCCACUCCAGCACAGCGGGGGCCCAGGGGAAGACUACCCCCGAGCACUGCCAGAAGUCUCCAGGUGAGGGGAGACGGGAGCAGAGGCUUGGUAGCUGUGCUGGGCCAGGCCUGCCCCUAGCCGGGUCACCAUGGCCUGCCAGCACCAUGGCUGCCGUCCCACACCAACGUGUCACCUCCCUGCCUCUCUGCGCACACCGCCUCUGGGUGGGGCUCGGUGCAGGAGGAAGGCCCUUCAGGAGAGGCAGUAAAGCUGUCUGGAAGUCGGUGACCCAGCCACCACAUGGGCAGUCACACCACCCCACCGCCCUCCAGGACGCGAGGCCCUCUGGACAGGCAAGGUGCUGGGAGGGGUGCCCCUGCUCACCCCCCAAAACCGCUGCCCCACACCCCCCAUUUGGCCAACUCGGUGUUCAUUAAACAGUCUGUUGCAUCGUU